UUUCUUUGCACGUUUAGCUGUAUCAUUUUUUGUAAAGUUUUCUGGUUGAAAAUUUGAAGAAUUGAAAUGAAACGUAAAUUUGUUUUUGAGAAUUAUGAUUUAACGUCAAAUAAACGUCCGAAGAUUGAAUCCAAAAUAUCUGAUUUACCGAAUGAAAUGUUUCGAGAGAUUUUCAAGAAUUUACGCACAAAAGAUCGUUUAACUGCCAGACGUGUUUCCAAUUUUUGGAUGGAACUGCUCAACAAGUAUUUCCAAGACGACAACACUCUCAAGCUGCCUGCUCGCACGGACUUUUCUCCAACGGGAUCUCUGUAUCAAACAUUUAAUGCCAGGUUGUCAUCCACUAAACCAAUACGAGUUUUUUCGCGAUUAAUGAUAAAGAUCUUCUGGAUGCCAAAUUUGGAGGAGAAAUUUGAUGAUUUGGUCAACUUCAUUAAGUUAAUUGGAGAUGAAGUCCGCUUUCUCAAUGUUUUCGGUUAUUCUCCCUUGCAAUCUAUUAAUGAUCUCUACACUAACUUACCCAAUCUUGAGUCUUUGGAAGUCUACCGUGAAGAGCAUCUCGGUGAUUUUACUUUUCCACCCAAACUUAUAUCGAUUAAGAUAGGAGACCAAUUCUCGCAACUCCACAAAUUACCGGACAUUCAGAAACUGGCGUCACUCAAGCAUUUUAGCGCCAAUUCUCUUGUCAUCAAACAAAACACGGAUGCUCUUGCAUCGUUUCUUGACCCAAAUUUAAGGAAAAUUUUGGAUGCUAUCAUAGGAAAUGAUGUUUUAGAGAAAGAUUCUGUCACAGUUUGGUCAGAUUUCAAUUUUUGCGGAGAAGAAAAAUUUAUUGAAGAUGAUAUUAUCAAAAUUAAAAUUCACAAAAAGAUGCUGGAUAUUGCACCUUUAGCUGAGUUUAACGAUUUAAAGGAAUUAGAAUUGUACUCGGACAUACACCAUUCCAUAAUGCAUUUCAAAUCGCUUCCCGAAUCCACGAAAUUUCCCAGUAUUAUUGAUUUGAACAUACAUACAUCUGAAAUAAAACUUACGAAUUUUAAUGAGCUCUUAUCAAAAUUCCCCAACGUAGAAUCCUUGAAUGUUGAUGUAUGGGAAUUGACAGAUAUGGAUCUUCGUGUGAUUUGCCAAUACAUGCCAAAGUUGAAAAACUUGACAAUUAGAGUGUGUGAAAUAUCCGGCAUAAAAGCUCUUUUGGAUUGCAAUAACUUUUCUGUCAAGGAUCUAAAGUCACUUGAGUCGCUUUGGGUUGAUAUUCAACCUGAAAAUCGGUAUGCCACUCAACUAUCAUGGCCAUCUUUGCCUGAUUUGAAAUUCGUUUACAUCAGAGGAGAAGGACUUCGUUACCUCAAAAAGGACUUUUACUCGCAAAUGGCAGUAAAAUCGCCAAAUAUAGAGCAUUUGGAAAUUCACUAUGAUUAUGGUUCACGAGAAAUUAAUCAUACAAAGUUUUUACCGAUACUAUCUGGGUUGAAAUUGAAGAAACUAACUCUUCCUGGCGAAGGUGGAGAUGCUAAACUGGCUCACAACAAUAGUUUGAUCGAUGAUGUAAUCAAAUAUUGCAAAGAUCUGACGUAUUUUGAAAUUGACGAUGAAAACGGAUUUUCUCUGGCACAAGAAAUUCGAUUAUUCAAAAGUUUAGCAUCACUAAAAACAGUGUUUUCUUUGGAUAGAAAAAUGAAACGCCGUGAAUUUGAAAAUUUAAAAAAAUAUUUAGCUGAAAAUAUUGGUGAGUACAAAGAUGUGCCCGGAACGAUUGCUUACUUGUACAGCAACGAGAUCCCUCAUUUGGAGCGAAUUCGAAUGGAGAACAAUUUUGAUGUCGAAUUCUUGGAAGAUCAUUUGAAUACUUGGUACAUUGUCUUACAUGAUUACUUGGAAUUGAGUUCGUUGGAUUUCGUUCGUGUUUUAAAAUCAUCAUAUGAUAAUUAGCUAUUUUUUCUGUCACUCAAGAAAAUAAAUUUAAUUUUUGAAAACUAAGUAAGGCCGCUCCAAAUUUUUUUCGAUGUUUUUGUCCCAAAACAUUUUUUUCAAAAUGGGGGGGGGGGGGGGCAAAAUAAAAAAAAAAGUUUUGAAAUACUGUUUCAUACAAAAUGCCAAAAUUUUAACGAAUUUUGUUCUUUCAUGAAUAUUUUAGAUAUUUUUAUGAUAUCUACAUUGAGAUUCGAUGAUUUAAAAUUGAUCUUAAAGUAUUUUAAGUUAAAAAUUUUAACAAAUAAAUUUCAUAAAAAUAACCGUCAAAAAUUUUUGAAAAAUAAUUUUUAGGAAAUUUUUUUAGAGAAGAAAAUUCAUGUAAAAUUUCGAUUUUCAACACAAAAAAUUUUGAAAAUUGAAAAAAUUUAAAAAAAUUGUUGAAAAUUCCUUAAAAAAGUGAGAAAAAGGACCAAAAAAUGGUCAAUUUUGUUGAAAUUUUUAACUUUUUUUUUAUUUUGCCCCAUUGGAUUUUUGGCUUUUGAAAUGGGGCAGGGGACAAAAACAUAGAAAAAAAUUUGGAGCGGCCUAAUUGA